AAAUUAAGGAAAGUAUGUCGAUCUUGUUUUAUUUCCUUUGACAUCCGUUCACCAUUCAUCAGCCACAUUUAACAUUGAAAACAGACGCUCUGAUUUGAGAUUUCAACACCUGCAAACGCCAUUUGCAGGACGUUUAGAUCAGAUCUCUCUUCAGUCGUCGUCCUCUUCCCGGUUCCUGCAUUCUAUCUGCGUAUUCCUGCUCAUUUCUUCAAUUAUUUCUCAGGAAAACUUUAACACGCGAGGGACAAUCUAUUGAGACUGGAAGUCAAGAAGUAGGUGGUUGUCAUAGAAAGCCAUUUUUCUCUAGACGGUGUGACAAAAAGGUCCUAUCCUAGUGGAUAAUCUAUUAAUUUAUGCAGAUUCAAGUCGAAACACACUGGUUUCAUACUGCCUUCACUUCAACUGGGUCAGCUAACAUAAAUUGGCAUCUCGAGGAGGAGAUAAACUGAUAAAGUGUCAUCAGACAAUUAUGAAGUCUAAUGGCAGGGAGACCGAGGCCCACUUUCCUAUUCACGUUGAUGGAAAUGAAAGUGAGAAAUGCGAACCUUUAAGUAUUGAGAACAAACCUGGGAGGAAUAUUGAUGGCGAUGACUGUGAACCCCUUCACAGUGAUGAUUCUAAUUCUUUGCAGCUGGAUGCAAAGAAUCCUCUAUCCACUGCCAAUGUCCUAAAGACAUUAUUCUUUAUUCUUGUCUGGUAUAUUUUCAGCCUUCUUUUGACCUUAUAUAAUAAAACUUUAUUAGGAGAUCAUUUGGGUAGGUUCCCGGCUCCACUACUCAUGAAUACUGUUCAUUUUACUAUGCAAGCUGUUCUAUCGAAUUUGAUCACAUGGAUUUGGUCUAGUCGAUUCCAACCUUGCGUUACUAUGACAUGGAAAGAUUACCUCACGAAAGUUGUCCCAACGGCUCUUGGAACAGCCUUGGAUAUUAAUCUAAGCAAUGCAUCCCUUGUCUCGAUAUCAGUCACAUUUGCUACCAUGUGUAAAUCCGGUUCUCCUAUAUUUCUUCUCCUGUUUGCUUUUGCUUUCAGGUUGGAAACUCCCAGCUUCAAACUUUCUGGCAUCAUCUUGAUUAUAUCUGUUGGAAUUUUAUUAACAGUUGCAAAGGAGACAGAAUUUGAAUUAUGGGGUUUCAUUUUUGUUAUGCUUGCAUCUGUUAUGUCUGGCUUCAGGUGGUCCAUGACGCAAAUUCUUCUUCAGCGAGAAGCAUACGGUUUGAAAAAUCCUUUUACCCUAAUGAGCUAUGUGACACCAGUGAUGGCCAUUGUGACUUUGAUGCUAUCCCUUGGUUUAGAUCCGUGGAAAGAAUUUGCCAGUAAUGGAUAUUUCAAUAGUAUCUGGCAUGUUACUCGGAGUUCCUUGCUGAUGCUUUUUGGCGGAGCACUUGCCUUCUGUAUGGUAUUAACAGAAUAUAUCCUUGUCUCCGUAACUAGUGCUGUCACAGUUACAGUCGCUGGUGUUGUAAAGGAGGCUGUAACUAUACUGGUUGCAGUAUUUUACUUCCACGAUAAAUUUACCUGGCUAAAAGGGUUUGGUCUCAUCAUAAUUAUGAUUGGCGUCAGUCUGUUCAAUUGGUACAAAUACCAAAAGCUACAGCAGAAAUCUAGUGAAGAUAAAGUGGUAAGCGCACAGUCAACAACUGUUCCUGGCAAAUAUGUAAUUCUUGAGGAAAUGGAUGAGGAUGAUGGCCAGCGUUGAUUGCAAAAUUACAUUGUCCGAAUCCUAGUCAAUUACAGGGCUCUAGUCGCUGUCCAUAUUCAAAUACGAUUACCUGUACCCUUGCGGCCCUACUCCUUGGAUUUAGCUUCGAAAUGUUGUAAUCAAUUUUGUAGUGAAUGCAUACUAAUUUGUGGCUCCUAUUGUUUAUGUGGUUUCAAAGGAAUGCUGCCUUUCGAGUGGAUCUUCCACCCAAGCUUUGUAUUCUAGUGAUGGUUGAUGUUAUUCCAUUUUCUUCAACUCAACAACAUUUUUGUUCUUUUUUAUUGUUGUCACACUUGAAAGAUUUACGAUGUGGAGAGCUACAAGACAUUGACGACCUUACUUGAAGGUCAAGAUCGAUUCGAUAGGUUGUAUUACUAUGUUUUUGAGUUCUAAACAACUACGAGACUUUGAGGUUGGUAUCUUUUGCCAUUGAUUUGGA